AAAUAUGAAUAAGGAUGACCAUAAGCAGGAAGCUUUAAAAGACAUGGAAAACUCCUAUCUAAAAAUGUUGAAUCAAGAGCUUGUAAGCGAAAACAGGCUAUUGGAAGAAAACUGUUCUUUACUCCGAGAAAAACUAGCAAGGUAUGAAAAUCCUGGUAAAAAAAAACAACAACAAUUCUACUUGUAAACAAGGUCAAAGUCCUUUCCUCGCUCCGAUUCCACCGUCAACAAUACAGACCACGGAUAAUCCAACAGUGCAGAAAUCUACCAACGUAGAUGGUAAUACAGAUGAAGCAGACUUAGUUCGUAUUACUAAAGCCAGAGAUCGCGACAACAGCCGCGACGUGACUGACAACACGGUAGGAAUAAGUCUGCAACCUAACACCCAUGUAUCUCUGGGAAUAGCCACGGAUAUCAUGCGGGUAGAAGAAGAAGUAGUGACAGAUGAAGUUUUUGACAAAACAAACGAUGGUGUGACAGAGACUAAACAUAACCAAAGUCAAAAAUAUGAAUGGAAGAAGGUGAUAUCCAAGAAAAAAAAGCAUCCCUCACGUAAGGAUACUAGGCCCUCUCCUAAACUGGGCAGAAGUAAUGACUGCACUCUAAAAGCCGCAAUUUCAUGUCCAUUGGAGUGGAUAUUUAUAUCCGGUCUCGAUCCAAAGACUGAAGCCAAGGAUGUCAGGGAGUAUUUAGAACAAUUAAAAAUUACCAAUGGAAUUCAAUGUUAUAAACUACGAACCAAAAAAGACAACCACUGUAGUUCUUUUAAGGUGGGCGUCCCUUCAAAUCACAAGGUCACCUUCAUGGAUGAUGAACUUUGGCCAAAUGGUGCUCUAAUAAACCAUUUUAUAAACCUGCAGCGCCCCACUCUACCAAAAUAGCUUUGAAUGGGGUUUAUGGAGACUCACCACUGGAAAGUCUGAAUGCAGGAGGUUUUUAAUAUAAUAUAUUACAGUCCAUUCUAUCAGAAGUUUGUCCAUAAAAUUUGGUACCUUCGAGCCCGAGAAGCAUAAAAUUGUGUCCGAUCGAACCCGAUGAUUGAGACAAUGGUCUAAUAGAUCCAGAUGGGUAUGAAGAUUAUUGGUUUUUGAAGAAUUUAUGAUUCAGCCAGAUUGGAUCCGCUCUGCCGAUUGAAUUAAAUGUGAGGUUUUUCCAUUUAUUAUCUUGAUUGUUCUUUGUUUAUCCUUCAUAUUUAUUUCCUUUCAACAAAGUGCCAAUAAAUUAUUAGAUUUUUGAGGAUUUUGGGGUUCAAUUAAAAAUUUUGAUUUUGCGCAUUGAAUAGUUGAUUUAUAACCUAUAAUUUUAUUUAGCUAAAAAAUAAUUACUUAUUAGAUUGAUUUGUACACCUUUGUGUGUAUGCAAAUAUGUAUUUGAGUGAUUUGGAGUAUUAGUUUGUGGAAUGCUAUACGAUUUCUGAUUAUUAUUAGUAGAUAUUGCUAUUAUUAUUGGAUUUAUUUAAAUAUAAAUGAUUAUAGGACCAUAGCCAAUAUUCGGCUAAGUUUGAUUAUUAGAUAAAAGACAGAUUUAGAUUUGACUUUUAUUACUUGAUUGCUUAACGUUGAUUUUUGAGUUCGUACAAUUAAAUAAUAUUAUUUGCUACGUAUUUUGAUUAAUAUAAAGCUAAAAAUGCCUAUGAAAGCUUCUGAUUUUCGUCAAUUAUAUCGCAAAAGAGAUAUAAUUGAACAAAGAUUAAACAAUUUUAUUAAAUUUAUAGAGUCGAUGACAAAUAUCGCGAUUAAUGAUUUAAGCGAAGACCAUUUUUCGCAGAUAGAAUUGAAUACAGAAAGAACUGAAAGUUUGUUUACUGAAUUUGAUGAAAUCCAAAUGUCAAUUGAAUUAAAUUGUCAGGAUCAAGAUAUUCAACAAGAGUAUGCGAAAAGACAACGAUUAGAUACUAUAUUUUCAAAAACUUUGUCUAGAGCAAGAACGAUGUUAAAAAGAAAAUGUUCCGAUUUAUCCAGUUCACAGUCGAAAAGGUUAGACAUAAGCCAUGAAUAUAGUGGAUUAGAAGGUGUCAAAUUACCUCCUAUUCAGUUACCUGUCUUUCAUGGGGACUAUUUGAAGUGGAUUGAGUUUAAAGAUACUUUUGAAGGGUUAAUUCAUAAUAAUAAAGUAUUGGCAGAUAUUCAAAAAUAUCAUUAUUUACGUGCGAGUUUAAAAGGUGAUGCAUUGAAAAUUAUACAAAGUUUAGAUUUUUCUGCACAAAAUUACAAUUCUGCAUGGCAGACUCUAUGCAACAGAUUUGACAACUCUCGGAUGUUAGUAAACAAUCAUUUAAAAGCUCUUUUUGAGAUUGAAAAUUUAAAUAAAGAAUCUGCAUUAGGUCUUAGAAGCAUGAUAGAUUCAGUUAAAAAGCAUUUAUUCGCUUUAAAAUCACUUCAACUACCGACUGAACAUUGGGAUGCUAUUAUGGUGUAUUUGGUAAGUGGUAAAUUGGAUAAAUUUAGUUCUAGGGAAUGGGAAAAAAGAAAAAUAGAUAAUUCUUUGCCAAGUUUAAACGAAUUUCUUGAAUUCUUGAAGAAUCGUGCUGAUUUUUUGGAAACUAUAGAGUUAAGCAAUGUGACAAAACCGGAUUAUAAAUCUAAUUACCAAGAUAAACGCUCUAGAUCUCUGCUAACUAGUAAAAGCAGAAGUUGUAAUUUUUGUAAACAAAAUCAUUUGAUUUACCUAUGUGAAGAAUUUCUUAAACUUUCAGUAACCCAAAGAUGGGAUAAAAUAAAACAAUUAAAUUUAUGCCGAAAUUGUUUAUGUACCGGACAUUCCUACAAACAAUGUAAAUCGUUCGGUUGUAAGAUAUGUAAAGCCAAACACAGUUCUCUUUUACAUGAAAAUAAACCAUCUGAUAUUCAUGUUAAAGAAAACAGUUCAAUUAAUUUCAACCCGAACAAUGAUUCCGAGAAUGAACCAAAUAAAGUUAAGUUGUCAACUAAUACUUCAGAAAAUAAUGUUAAUAGAAAUGAGAUUGUUUUAAAAAAUAAUUGUUCAAAUAAUGAUUAUGUACUGUUGAGUACUGCUAAAGUUAGAGUAUAUGAUAGAUACGGAAAUACUCAUAUCGCACGAGUAAUCCUAGAUUCAGGGAGCCAAUCAUGUUUUAUUACAGAGGAUUUUCUAAGUAAACUCGAUUUAGACACAAAUAGAGCAAAUAUUUGUGUUUCAGGAAUUAAUAAUUCCGUUUCAUCUUUAAAUAAAAAAUGUCAAUUAAAAAUUGGUUCUAUAUUAAACAAUUUUAAGUCAAAUUUACAUUGCAUAGUGGUGCAACAGAUUACUGAGAAUUUGCCAACUUAUACUUUUAAUGUCUCAAAUUUCUCAAUACCCCCUAAUAUAACUUUGGCAGAUGAUUCAUUUAAUGUAAGCAGUAAGUUAGAUAUGUUACUUGAUGCUAGUUUGUUUUGGGAUAUAAUGUUAGAUGGUCGCAUAGAUCUUGGAAAGAAUUUACCCUCCCUCCAAAAUACGGUUUUUGGUUAUAUUGUGGUUGGUAAAGUUCCAUAUCCAACAAAAAAUCAUAUUAGAUGUCAUUUUUCACAAAGAUUUAGUAGUGAUGAUUUACAAUUAGAGAAAUUUUGGUCUGUUGAAGAGCCAAAGUCUCAUAUUUCUUAUUCAAAGGAUGAUGUUUAUGUUGAAAAUCAUUUUAAAAAUUCAUUUUCUCGAUCAGAAACUGGUCAAUUUAUUGUUAAAAUUCCCUGGAAGGAACAUCCUUCUGUCCUAGGCGAUUCUAAACAAUUAGCUGUUAAAAGAUUAUUGUAUUUAGAGGAUAGAUUUAAGAAAUGUCCCGAACUUUAAA